GUAAUGUAAUGGGCGAAUCUUAACGAUUGUGGCCCGAAGUGAAUCCGAGGCAAGAGAUGCAUGUUCAUUCUGUAAAUUUGUGAUGCGGGUUUGUCUCUGGUUGAUCGGAGUAUUGGGCGUGGCUUCUGCGGUAUGCGUUUGGAUAUUUCAAAGUUUCAUCCUACUCAAUCCACCGGAGCUAUUGGUUUACAUAGUCUCUGCACGCGAGAACUUCCAUCACCGCGAACGUUUAAGGAGUGAAAUUCGUCUCGAUGACGAUACAAUUGAUUUCAAAUUUGUGAUCGGAAGUCAAGGCUGUGAUAUUCCUCGGUUCAAACGAGCCACGGAAUGGGAUUGUCGAGGUAUACCGGUCGGUGCUGACCACAAUUCCAUGUUCGUGUAUGAAUCUAACGUUCGCGAUGACGUCGUUUAUGCCGGAUUUUCGUGGCGUGCGUUUGUUGACUCGUUCGUGACCACGAUCAGCGUUACGAAGGAAAAUGCGUGCUCAGAAAUUGUAAUUUUGGAAGCAAAUUCGCAAGAGGUAAUCGGAACGCUAGAAUUUAACAUUCCCGCUGUCAUGAAUGGAUCAUUACCUGCGAGUAAAUCGGUCAAACUCUUUUUUCCCCGCGCGAGUGAAGCAGUUUUCAUUUGCACUAAUUCGUUUUCCAACUUUUCAUCCGAAAGCUUUCGGAGCUCUGCGAAAUUGUUUUCCGUUGGCGAAAUUACUGCGAUGUAUUCAAGCAGCAGCGAUAUCCCAUCGGAGUACGUUGUGAAUUCUCGCCUGCUAUUCUCGAUUUCUGUUGAAAAACAACCCAUCAGUGAAGAUAGUCAAAUGUUCCAUGCUCGUUCCGAUGCUGAGCACCGUUCAGUUUCAGAUCUUAUUGAAAGUCAGAUUCAGAACGAGAUUUUAACUCAUCAGGAUAUUUUAUUGGCUCCGAUUAUGGAUACGUACGCAAACCUAACGCUCAAGUUAAUCCAUGCCCUUACAGACUUCAUGGAGAGUAGAGCAUCAUUUCUUAUGAAACUUGACGACGAUGUGCUGCCAAAUCUUAGUGAUAUCCUAUCCACCCUGCGAAGAUUGCCUUCCCAUGAAAAAGCCUUCUGUAUGUCGAAAUUCCGGAAAAGACGUGCCGUUCAAAGGCAUGGAAAGUGGGCGGAUUUGCUGUAUUCGUCGUCCAUGUACCCUGCGUUUCCAUGUGGCGCGGGAUAUAUUUUGAAUCGUCCCGCUGCAGAAAUGCUUGUGCGAAAUGCUCAGAAUUUACGGAAAUACCGAAAUCGAUUCACAAUGAGUUCCGAUGGUGUACCCAGUGACGCGAUCCCUUGUCAAAUGCUUCCCCCUGCGCAGAUCUCCUUUCUGCAACCAUUCACUGGAGCAGGCACAGCGAAUCAAUUCGUGCCUGUGCUUCUAACCGAUGCUGCGGAAUGCAGACGCAUGUUUUUCACCAGCGUUCCAUCUGUGGUCCAGAAUCUACCUCUAGAAAACCAUCGACCGACGAGGCUCACUUCGGGUACUCAGACAGGAAUCAGAGAAGACGAAGCAGACAGUGACGUUUCAAUUGCGUCAAUGAGACGCGGGAAUCGGAAAAAGAAGAAAAAGCGACGCAGAAUGCAGCUUCUAGGAGCAUUGAUUGAACUUCUACAGUCGAUGGACGAUAGUUCGUCAUCUUCCGAAGAGGAGAAUGAAGAGUCCAUGCGUUUGAUUGUAGGGAAGUCUGGGAAAAUCAAAGUCCUGCCUUCGCCGGCAUCUCCAUCCGAAUCUGCGUGUUCCAAGCGUCGAGGUCUCACUCAAAAUGCUCAGUUGGAGGAGGAAACCGAAAACAGUCAUGAUUUAUCGCCGUGCGAUAUGGAAAGCGAAGCUGCGUUUCCUUCGCCAGAGGCCGCCUCUGAAGCCUGGCAAGUUUCCGUCGAGGCCAAUAACGAAAGCCCUGACAAAUUUCAAGUUGCUUCAGAGGCGAAAGCAGUCGAAUCUCUUCCACAAGUGGAAGUUGAACAGUAUGCUGUUGCGGUUGAACCAUCCAUGAGUCCCCACGGUUCAAAUAGCUGGCACGUUCCUGUGGCCGCAUCUCAGAGCAACAAAACGUCAAAUUUCGCUCCGGACAUUGAAAGAAUAUCUUCUAAUGCGAAUUUCCCGCCCGAACACUUUGAAACUGAACCCAGCGCAGGAGUUUCGGACUGGAAAGCCGAGAACCAUUUUAAAAUCGUUGACAACCUGUCGAAGAUCGUGAAUAAAUUUGAGGCGAAUGAAGAGGAACUGGAGCACGGACUAACGGCAGAGCCGGAAUCUGCGGAUUUAUUGUGGCAAGAACAUUUCAUCACUGUGAAUUCUCGUAUCGGGAGGAACACAGCUGAGCAUGUUUUCCGCGUCGGGAAAAUCGCUGGGAAUGACGAAGCUUUCAAGUGCAUGGAAUGUGGGAAGAUAUUCAAGCAACUUAGGUAUUUCCGGUGCCACGCGAUGAGUUUUCAUCGCGGAUUCACGUGUGAGCGAUGCGGAGCUGUGGUGUAUGGUAGAUUUCGAUUUUCCAAACACCGAGCGACUCAUACACAAGAAGACUUGAAAGUUCCCUUGGAGCCCGUUACGAAAAAGCGUCUCGUGAAAGCAAAGCCCAAGAAAGACCUGAGGGACGAUUCUGCGUCGCACCGGACGUCGGUUUUCUCUUGUUUCUCUUGCUCCGAGAUAUUCGUGACGGAAGCGAAACUUCGUUGGCACGAGGAAGAGAGACACGGAACCAGGAAACAUGUGUGCGGUAUUUGCUCUGUGUCAUUCAUGCACAAAGCGCUGUUGAAUCGUCACUUUCUCACCGUGCAUCCGGGAAGUGCCGAAGCCCAAACAGCAGGAGGACAAGCUUGUGUAUUGUGUCAUAAAGUGGUGAAGAACAUGAGUCUGCAUCUGGCUGUUCAUGUUACGAACAAGCCAUGGAAGUGCAAUGUUUGCGGGAGAGGAUUUUCGCACAAGUGCAAUCUUGUGGCUCAUUCUUACACACAUAAGAAGGCGGAAGAUCGACCAUUUGUGUGCUCGUUGUGUGGUGCAGGGUUUCUUCGUCAGUCCUCCCUGAACGACCACUUAUCAGCACACAAGGCUUUCGGUCGUGGCACGAAUCCGAAAAUCCUGCCCAAGCAUCUCCGGAAACCACGACACGUGUGUUCAAUUUGCAACCGAGCCUUUUUCCUGCGUCGCACCUUGUCCCGUCAUUUGAUCCGGCAUUCGAUCCCAAACCAGAAGAAGGUGUUUCCGUGUCCGACUUGCAAUCGGGUUUUUAGUGUGAAAGAGUACUUGGUGCGUCAUUUGCAAGUACAUGAUGAGUCAAGGCCGUUCAGAAUGGAUUCGAAUGAUGUCACAGCCACUAGAAACUCGUUGAAAAAUGUUCUCGGGUCGAAGUUUCCGCUGUAUUUAUCCCUCUUUCGUCGCUGGUUCAAAUCGUCCAUGAGCAAAGAUGAGUUCGAUGCCCAGGCCGAAGAGUUGCUCACAACACAACACCUUUACUUGCACAAUCGAUUAGUUCUUGGUAUUUUGGAGAAAUGCUGUGUUACCAUGGGAUCGUCGUCCAUGUUUUCGAUGGAUGUCAAGACGGAGGCCCCUGACGUUAAUGUCGCCAGGGGUGAUUUGAAAACUGAAGUGAAAUUGGAAGCGAAGGAGGUUGAAAGUCGACACCGACCCACCAAGUCGCGGAAGAAAUCCCGGAGGAUGGCUUAUGAAGUCAAGUUCAGACCCCAGGAUCCAGUGGAUAUUUUAAUGAGUGGCUCGGCAUUUUCGGAUGGAGUGAAGCACGGAAGAGUCGAGCACCAGUUUUCCCUUCACUAUGCCUUGCGGGAACAGUGUUUGCUUGAUCCGUUUCUGAUUCACGGAAGAAUCUUGACGCUGUCGUACGAGAAAGACAUUACCGAGGUUGCUGAUAGUGUUGCGGAAUUGGUGACGAAUGCCUUGAAGCAAAUGCUGAAGAAUAUCUUGCAGAGCAUCGUCAAAAGCCGCAAAUCAUACAAAGCCGACGGUCUGUUCUCCUGCACCGAAUUGGACAAGCAAAUGCGUUCCAACGCGAUGGAUGCGAAUGCGGAACCCGAAGAAACCCCGGCGGAAAUAGACUUGGUUCCCGACUGCGCCGAAGUGAUGUUCCCCAGGUUCCCGAUGCCCAGAGAUGAAGGCUUGGCCAGAGCCGCGACGCUGGCGGCCUCUUGCGCCAGUGUAGCGAGAUAUGAGCCGGGGAAAAUCACGGCUUGGGACCUGUUUGAUACGUUGUUGAGGGACCCCGGGGUUUUGCCGUUGCAUAAUAUUCGCACGCUGUGUUUGACUAGUGCAGCGAUGGCGUUGGAGCCGGUCAGCUUGCAUCCUGUUGGUCGGGUGAAUCCGUUGGAUUAA